AUGGUAGAAGAGGGGAGGGGGAAAGUCCCGGGCGCCCCUCUCGGCCGCGCCGCGCUCUACGCCGCCGCCGGUAUCACUCCGCCCCGCAGGGAGGGGGCGCUCUGGAACGCGAACGGAGGCGCUGGCGAGGGCGCGGGACUCUUUGCCCUCUCAGGGCGGAAGGAACGCAGCCAGCCUGAAAAAGGGCCGGCGCGACCCGAGCUCCCGAGUCCGCGGAGCGGCCCCCCUCUCUCCGAGGGGGUUGUGGGGCCGGGCGGUCCGGCCAGCUUCGGUCGGAGCGUGGCCGUGUCCGGACGCUGCAGCAGGCCGGCUGCUGGGCUUCAGGGCGCCUCCGCGGAGGCGGGCGGGGUAGCAGGGCGGCUUUCGGGUGUCGAGGCCCAGCCGGCCGGAGAAGAGACUCGAGCAUCAGUAUCCGGACGCUGCACUGUCUGUUUCGGAAUCUGUGAACCGGGGCUUGAUGCCCUAGGGAGACAGGGUGCCGAGACGAGUUUCCGGUGCUGGGCAAUGCAGCUGAAAGUUCUGGAGACCGGAAGUCCAAAAUCAAGAUGUCAGCAGGGCUGUACUCCUUCCAGAGGCUCCACAGGAGAGUCUGCUCCUUGCUUUUUCCGGUUCCUGGUGUCUGCUGGCAUUCCUCGCAUUCCUUGGCUUGAAGCCACGUCACUCCAGUAUCUGCCUCCAUCUUCACAGUGCCCUCUCUUCUCCAGCUGUCAUCUUGUGAGAUACCCUCUGGAGAAGCCCACACAGCAAGGAACUGAGCGAGGCCUCUGGCCAACUGCAAAGAACUGAGACCUUCAGUCCAAUGUCCCAUGAGAAACUAAAUCCUGCCAGUAGCCUGGUGAGUGAGCUCACGAAGCACAUUCUCCCCAGCUGAUCUUUGAGAUGACUACAGCCCCAGCCAACACCGUGACUGCAGCCUUGUGAGAGACUCUGACCCAGAAGACCCAGCUAAGCUAUGCUCUGAUUCCUGACCCACAUGAACUAUAAAAUUCUUCUAUGUCUCCAUAAUUCUUAAAAGGAAGUAUAAAUGGCAAUAGAAAAGAAGAGCUCCUAUUGGUAGAAUAAUACUUAUUUGAGUUCCAGGAACUUCUGAGCAAGUAGAAUAUGAAAAUGGGUACUGAAAGGAAUCCAAGAAACUCUCUGCCUUGGGAUCCCAUCAUGAAACUAAAGAAGCCAGAGGAGAACUGGAAAUAUUUUCUUUUGAAGGAAUAAGAACAACAGUUUGCUAUCAAUGAAAAGAUUGCAACCCAUGGAAAAAAAUAGUAAUUAAAAGUAUGGUCUCAAAGGUAGUGAGAAGAGAUGGGGUAAGAGAAUUGAAGAUGGAUGAAGAGAUUUGAAGAUGGAGUAAAAAGAAAACAUCUGAAGUUAGCUAAUGACCCAUGAGGUCUUCUUCCAGCUGUUGUAGAAUUAGAGCUUUUUCAGCAGCUGGAAAAAUGCGCACAAAGAUUAAAUCACUAUCUAAUAAUGAUCAAUUGACACACUUCGGAAACGUCUUUUUUUAAAAAAGAUCAUCUAUUUCAUUUUCUAUUUUUCAUGAUUAGUUACUGUUUCUUUAUUUCAUGUAGUAUUUAGCUUAGUCUGUUUGUAAUACUUUAUUCAUUUUAUCUGCCGGCAACUGAUAUUACACUGAUGAUUUAUAUUUAAUGUUUAAAUUUUUAUAAUUUUCCAUUUUACUUAAUGUAUAAUUUUUUAUUUAAAAUGUAUUAAAUAAGCUGACAUUU